AUGCAGCCUAAAAGCUGCCAAGAUCGACCAGGGUUAAUGGAAGGGGGCAGCCCGGGGCAACAACGGGUCGCCCGGCAACGUUCCGACGACGAACGCUUCGCGCGUGCCCUCGCGGAGAGCGGCGACGCGCUUGGGCAGCUCACCCUCGACGAGCGCAUCUCACUCCUCGAGGCGGAGCUCGCACGGCGCCGAGCUGCCGACGAUACACAGCCACCCCUCGCGUGCAGCCCCGAGGACGCCGAGGCCAUUCGGAGAGUCCUAGACGCCGACGAGGCGGAGGCGGAGCUCUCGAGACUCCGGUCCGGCCCGCGCGCGCCGAGCCCCCCCGGACCAACCGUAAACGACAUGGCGAACUGGUACGGCGCGCACAUCGCCCCCGCGGCGACGCAUGAGGACAGCGAGGCGCUCGUGCUGGAGCUCUGGGAGCUGCUCGCGCGAAACAACACGGACGGGCCGCGCUUGGGUAAUGUGGCGACGCGGCUCCUGGGCAUGCCGUGGCACCAGCACCUGCUCGCGCCGCUCGAGGCCCACGGCUACGACGCGAGUUCGGGCUCCUUCCCGCGCGGCCCCGCUCCGGGCUUGUUGCAAGAGCUGACGCACAUUGGCGCCGGGGCGAACCCGAUGCCGUACGCCGCGCCGACGGUCCAAGACUGUCAGCUGCUCGUGGACCAGCGGGUGCUGAGCGGACCGGGCCAUAGGGUGGUCGUCUUCGACCGCGUCCUCGCGACGGCCGACGGCAAGGGCUACGCGCUCCUGCGCAACCUGGAGAGGGCUAUUUAUGGAAGAGUGAGGUACGGCGUCGAGCUCGAGCGCGUCCCGGCCGAAGCAGCGCGCGCGCACGGAGCGGACGGGAUCUUGUGGCGCGCGACGGAGCGCCAGGUCGCCGUCAAGUGCAUCGAACGAGCGGCGUUAGAGCAGUUCAUAGCGAGCCACCACGGCCACUUAAACGAGGACCCGUUCAAGGAAACCGCGGUCAUGGAGUACAUCGCGUCGCAGGGCGGCGCGCCGUGCGUCCUGCCGUUGCUAGCGACCUACGGUGACGAUCAGGCGGUGUACGUUGUCUUACCUUUCUGUCCGAACGGCGACCUAUUCGGCGUCGUGGAACGGCACGGCGCGUUGCAGGAAGCCACGGCGGCGACGUACAUGGGGCAACUCGUCAGAGGCCUCGAACGGUUACACGCCAUGGGCCUGAUGCAUCAUGACAUUUCCCUUGAGAACACGCUGGUCGACGCCCAUAGCCGGGCGAUCAUCAUCGACUUCGGGAUGGCGGUCAAGGCGAUACCUACUGCUACCGAUUUCUUCGAUGGCCACCACGCGGGAGGGAGCUACCACGCCGUGCCCCUCGCGGCGCGACAGAACUGGCCCGGGAAAUGCGGGAAGCCAAUGUACAUGGCUCCGGAAUUGUGGUACCCCCAAGGUUCCUUCGACGCCUUCGCCGCGGACGUGUGGGCGCUGGGGAUCAUGCUCUUCAUGCUCUUGACGGGCGCGCCCCCGUGGGAGCCAACGUGGGGACCAGAAGGGGCUGCCUACAAUCAUGUAAAGGACGGGAACCUGCACGGAUUACUUCUUGCAUACGAGAAUGGUCCUAAUCCAAUACCUCGUGUUUCUGAAAACGCGAAGGACCUCCUGCAACGACUGCUCACGGUGGACCCCAGGCAACGGAUGACGCUCCCCGAGCUCAAGGCGCACCCCUGGUGGCAGGAGCACGCGCAGUUCGUCAACGCGGCCUGA